CACUUGGUGCCGUGCUUGCCACUUCCGAAAUUCACACCAAACGUAAAGGUGUCUAGCGGUUGGCGAUCUCCUGAGCGAGUGCGCGUUCGCUUCGUCUGUCUAAAGUAUCCAUGUUGCGCCACAGUAUUGACGAGAGUUCGCUGCCGCGUCGCAGCCUGUUGGCCGUUGAGCCGCCGGUCAAGGAAGAUAUGGAGGACAAGGACCUGCUGUCGUCCAGCUCCACUAACCCGUUGGCCCAGACGGACACGUCGUCUAUUGACCUUGAGGCUGAACGCAUUGACCAGCAGAAGAAGAAAACCGAUGACGAAGAAGAUAAGCGUGAUACCGAGUCGGAGACGUCGUCCAGCUCCAACAGCAUCACCGAUGGCCCCACGACCGACAUUGAUACGGAGAUUGCUCUUGGUGUCAUGAAGGAGGCUGACCGCCGUAUGACUGUUCGAACCUCCAUUGCCACCGACAUCUCAUCGGUCGACGGUGGUGACGACGUCCAAGUCGAAGAAGAAGAAGAACAUGAACUGGAUGAGCAGUUACUGCAUGAUAUUGCCGAAAAUAUGAUCGGUCGCAACGUGCCGUUCGAGACGCCGUUCGGCACCAAAGCCCAGUGUUACGCCGACUACACAGCCAGUGGCAAGGCCAUCGAGAGCAUUGAGACCUUCAUCCGCAACGAGGUCAUGCCUACCUACGGUAACACGCACACCACCACGUCGGUCACGGGUCUGCAGACCACCUCAUUCCGUGAAGAGGCUCGCCAGAUCAUUGGCAAGGCGGUGAACGCCCGUCUCCAUGGCACCGGAGUUCGUGACGUUGUCUUGUUCAGUGGUCAAGGGUGUACCAGUGCAAUUAACAAGUUCAUUACUGCCCUUGGUCUCAACACGAUGCGUCGCCACCAUCGUCCAAACAAACGCCCGGUCGUCUUCACAUGCCCCUUCUCGCACCACUCCAACUUGUUACCGUGGCGUGAGCUGUACGCUGUCGAUGUGGUCGAGAUCCCUGAGGCCAAGACUGGCGGUCUCGACUUGGAGGAGCUCGAGCGUCAACUUCAAAGUUAUCAGAACCGUGAGCUUAAGAUCGGUACAUUCGCCGCUGCCUCCAAUCUUACGGGCAUGCUGGCAGACGUCGACAAGGUCUCAAAGCUGCUGCACAAGUACGGCGCCCUGUCCUGCUGGGACUAUGCCACCUGUGCCCCCUAUGUCGACGUGGACAUGAACCCCAAGGACCCUGCCGCUUACAAGGACGCGGUCUUCUUCUCCGGCCACAAGUUCGUGGGUGGUCCCGGCUCCCCCGGUGUGUUGGUAGUCAAAAGGAAAUUGAUGAGCAACGAGGUGCCCACCAUGCCUGGUGGCGGUACCGUGUUGUUCGUUACUGAAAAGGCCCACAGCUACCUAGCUAACAAGGUAGAACGUGAGGAGGGCGGCACCCCCGACAUUCUGGGCAGUAUCCGUCUUGGUCUCGCCUUCGAGUUAAAGCAACGUGUUGGUCCCAAGCACAUCAUGGACCUCGAACGCCAACACGUGCGUCACGUCCGCGAGGUGCUGGGCAAGAACGAGAACAUUAUCCUGCUCGGCCACGACAAUGUGGACCAGCUGCCGAUCUUCUCGUUCCUGGUCCGUUUCGGCGACCGCUUCCUGCACCACAACUUCGUGUGUGCCCUACUGAACGACCUGUUCGGUAUCCAGGCCCGUGGCGGUUGCCAGUGUGCCGGUCCCUUCGGUGCUCGCCUGCUUGGUCUCAGUCGUGAACAUAUCACGGCUCUGGGCUACGCAGUUGUCGCCAAGGACGAGGUGCUGAAACCGGGUGUCGCCCGUAUGAGCUUCCCGUACUUCGCCGACGAAGGGGAGGUUGAGUACAUCCUCGACGCGGUGAACUUCGUGGCCGAUCACGGCUGGAAAUUCCUACCCAAGUACGAGUACGAUCCUCACAACGGGGCGUGGCGUCACGUCUCGCGGGCCACCGCCCCGUUCCCGGCCAAGAAGUUCCUGGCUAGCAUGCAGCUCGACGACGUGGAUACGGUGCGCCAGUCUGUCUGCACCGCUCCUAUUCGUAGCAUUGCUGUCCACCGCCGCGAGAACCUGGAACAGGCUGCUCUUUUGGCGGACGCCUGUAUUAAGGAGGCUGUAUCGGCCGAGGAGUUCUCGGAAGGGCAGAAGCUGGUACCGGCACACGAGUGGCUGCGCUGGUUCGUGUACCCGCACGAGGCCGUCGCCGCCUACAAGGAAACGGGUGAGAAGAUGCCGCUCGCAGAGAAGAUUGAAGGUCCGUGCCAACCCCAGCGCUACCUGGACGGCUCGGUUCACAAGAUAUGGGAGGGCGUGCCGUCCCUGGGCACGAUGAAGCGCAGUCUGAUGGGGCGGUUCGUGCUCAAGAUGUUCAUGCAAGCAGAGUUGGAAGCUAUGAAGGACAAGAGGACAGACGUGGAGAAGAGCGUCUUGAAUGAGGAGGAAGCGAUGUGCGCCGUGUUCGGCGGACCACAGAAGUGCCAGUAGACGGAAGGCGUACACUAGAGUGGAGGAGGGGACGAUCGGAAUUCCGUCACUCGCUCGAGCAGAGCGCGUGACAACGCGUAGUGGUUUCUUGUUUUAGUAGUAAACUUUCAGCGUACACAUGAAAUAAUGCAGCUCACUGAUAUUAGAGCCUUACGACUUGUCGUUGAACUUUACUUCGAAGUACAUG